AUGGAAAACAACGACCCAGAAGGAGGUGGAGAAGGAGGAAGGAGAGACAUAGAAGAAGGAGAGAAAGACAAACGGCUGAAGAACCAACUCAACAGCGAGGAGAAGGGCGAGAAAGAGAACCAAGUGGGCGGUGAGAAGGAGAGGAAGUGGGUGAACCGGCGGUCCGGAUCACUGUGGAGGAGCGGCUGGGCACCGAGCGAACGUCUUGCGAUCAACGUCUCAGGGAUGCGCUACGAGACCCAGCUCCGCACCUUGGCCCAGUUCCCAGACUCCAUGCUGGGCGACCCCAGGCGGCGGCUACGCUACUUUGACCCAUUGCGCAAGGAGCUCUUCUUGGACCGCAACCGGGCCUGUUUUGACGCCAUCCUCUACUUCUACCAGUCGGGCGGGCGGCUCCGGCGGCCCGCCAACGUGCCCCUGGACAUUUUCAUAGACGAGCUGUAUUUCUAUGAGCUGGGCGAGGAGAUCAUGGCACGCUUCAAGGAGGAUGAGGGUUUCCCCAAGGAGGAAGCCCCAUCGCUGCCCGUCAACGAGGUCCAGCGGAGUCUGUGGAUGCUUUUCGAGCACCCGGAGUCGUCAUCGGGCGCGCGCAUCAUUGCCAUCGUCAGCGUCAUGGUGAUCGUGGUGUCCAUCCUCAUCUUCUGCCUAGAGACGCUGCCUGACUUCAGGAGCGAGAAGGAGCUUCGUGAGGAGUACUUCUACAAGUACCACGCCCACGACAAGAACAUCUCCAUGCACAUGCUUCCCCCCGCCAGUGUCUUCCAGGAUCCCUUCUUCCUGGUGGAGACUAUAUGUAUCUGCUGGUUCUCUUUUGAGCUGUUCAUGCGUUUCAUCUGCUCGCCCAGCAAGAUGCACUUUUUCAAGGACGUGAUGAACAUCAUCGACUUCACCGCCAUCCUGCCCUUCUUUGUGACACUGGUCACCGAGCUCUCCAAGGACACGGAGAACGCACCGGGAAUGUCCCUGGCCAUCAUCCGUGUAAUCCGGUUAGUUCGAGUGUUCAGGAUCUUCAAGCUGUCCCGCCACUCCAAGGGCCUGCAGAUCCUGGGCCAGACGCUGAGGGCCAGCAUGCGUGAGCUAGGCCUACUCAUCUUUUUCCUCUUCAUUGGCGUCAUCAUCUUCGCCAGCGCCGUCUUCUUCGCCGAGGCCGACCACAAGGACACAGCGUUUGUCAGCAUCCCCGGCGCAUUCUGGUGGGCCGUGGUUACCAUGACCACCGUGGGCUACGGUGACAUGUACCCAGAGACGGUGUGGGGCAAGCUGGUUGGCUCCAUGUGCGCCAUCGCCGGCGUGCUUACCAUCUCGCUGCCCGUGCCCGUCAUCGUGUCCAACUUCAGCUACUUCUACCACCGCGAGACAGAGUGCGAGGACCAAACCCAGUACACACACAUCAGGACCUCGCUGUGGGAGGACGAGGAGCACGAGGAGGGGGAGGAAGGGGAGGAAGAAGGGGACGGAGAAGGAGAUUACAAUGCCAUAGAGGGCAUCUGCAACCCUCUGAAUAGGACUCUUUUGGGGGGGCUGUGCACUGGGCAGAGCAGGGAGUUGAGUGGGGCAAAGAUGUACCUCAGGGAAUCCCUGGUAACUCAGGUGUGACAACAGGAUGUGACAACAGGAUGACCCUCAGUUGUGAUCCUGUCACAAAAAGAGAGAGAAACAAAAGAGUGAAAAA